AUGAGCAUUCUUGAACAAAUCCAAGCUAACUCCAUCUCCCAACUCAAAAUUUCGCAAGAUGCGGAUGAGAUUUCAAGCAACACGGGUGAUAUCAUCGACGCACUUCGAAAUAACACCAGCAUUGAAUCAAUUCAUUUCGAAGGAGAGUUCCUUGGAGAAAUGAGAAACACUUCUCGUGUUGCAGUGGUGGAAGCAAUUGGUUACAUUCCAACACUUCGAAGAGUUCAUCUUGCCGAUGCUCUUGUUCUUGUCAAUGCUGUUACCAAGAUGCUAUGCAACGCAACUGAGCUUCGCGAACUUUCCAUUGGCAACUUGGUUCUCCAGGGAAUUGAAUCCGAUUUUUCUGCCCUCGAGGGUGCUCUAGCUGCACACAACUGCUUGAAGCUAUUUAAAAUGGACAAGUGCAUUCCAGCUGUGAAAGACAUCUCACUUGAAGGAUUGACUACCUCUUCGGCCCAGCUAAGCAGCAUUUCUGAUCCAGUUCCCAACCAACGAAGUGCAACAACUGCCUAG